AUGCCCGGCACACCCAAGUUCGUCGAGACACCAGAGCAAAGGGUUGCGCGGUUAAGAGCUGCGCACUUGAAGGCGAAGCAGGCGCAGGUUUCGAGAAUGGACCGGAUCAUCGACGGCAGCAGACGCUUCUUCGACUCGGCUCACAAGGUCACCGUCUUGGGGUUGAUUGGUUUCACAGUGAUGGCCGGCUUGGUAACUGCCUACACCGCCGCCGACAUGAUAAUCUACAACAAGAACCGCAAGGCCGAGUUCAUCGAGGCGCAGAAGAAGAUGGAGGCCGAUUCGCUCGAGGCCGCCCGCCUGGCCUACAUUACCGGCAAGGCGACCGAGGAGCAGACUGCGCUGGUGGAGGAGUACCUGGAGAGUGAGCGCGAGGCCGGCCGCCCGAAGCCCUCCAUCUUCUCCAAGCUCCCCAGCGUCAUCGGCGCCCCGACUCCCAUUACGAACGAGACGACAGAGCAAACGACAACGAGCGUAUCAGAGGCGGCGACGUGGCCCGCGGCGACAACACCGAAGACGACCGAGGAGCAGCAGCUGCAGCAGCAGCCUGCAGCGGCGGAGGAGAAGUCUGGGCUAUGGGGCUGGCUUACCGGCUCGCUGAAGAAGGAGGAUGUUGCUGCGGGUGCGGGACAGCAAGCCCCCACGUUGGUCGGCGCUGUGAAGCAGGAGACGAGCGCCCUCAAGGAGAAGGCGCAAGCGGCGUUUGAGAAGGAGAAGGAAAACCAAAGGAAGGGUGGCCCCCUUGACAAGGUGGGCCUGCCUGAGCAGAAGUGAGCGAGCUGAAGCAAAUCGAGGAAAAGUCGAAGAGUCCAUUCUCCGGGGCGGGCGAUCUGAAGAUGGAGCGGUCUUUCAUGAUUAUGAGGGACAAGGUGAGGAGUGAGGACAUCAAGCCGAUUUGCUCAUGAUGAUCAUCUCCUGGGAACGCAUCCUACAAGCAGGCUUGGUCGUUUGUAACCUGGCGUUCUUUGGCGUUGCCAUGUCUCGAAUGUGGUCACCAGAAUUAACCAAGCAUUCGAUGAGGCUAAACAGAUUUUGGGCGGGUGGCGUGGGCGACGGAAUCACACAGCAACCUUUGUAGAGCUUGGCUGCUCCUGGGAGACCGCCAUGACAGAGCGUCGCGGGACCUGUAGUACGCAUAUCAUGCGUACAGAGCACGGUUUCAACAACACGACAAGAAGUGUUGAUGAAUGAUAGGAGAACGGGCUAGGAUAUGUGCUCGACAAAGAGCCCCUUACCCCCAUGUACCAUAGUGUAGAAAGGAGUUAUUGCAUAAAUCGGCGCAGAGAAGAUGGAUUACGUAUAUACAUGUAAGAGACAACAUAGUCGUCGAAGUAUUCGAAAAUGUAUUGGAUGUUUUGUAUGCCUCAC